AUUGGGAAAUGUAACGGUGGUUGUUAGCUCCCUUUAGAUAAACCCUCACUUAACCAAACAAAUACCACGACCAACUGUUCCUAACUCUCAUCUUUCUCUCAUCUCUCUCCUAAGUCAGAGCAUCUCUCUCGUGCUCUCUCUCUCUCGUUAGAGAAAGAGAGGAGCAGCGGCAUCUUACAAACCCUAGCAGGCAUUAAAAUACUAAUUUAAAUAUUAAUUAAAAUGAGUACACAAGGUCCCCUAGGUUCUCGCCGUAACAGUCUUGUACAGAAGCGUAACCCUAAAAAAUCGGCUACUCAAUCGGAGAACGGCACUUCCGCGACGGCGGCGACGAAUGGAAGCUUCUUGAAGCCGCCUUCUCCUGUUCACUCCACUGAGAGGACGGUGAAGAAGCUGAGAUUGUCGAAAGCGCUUACGAUUCCCGAGGGGACUACUGUCUAUGAUGCGUGUCGGAGGAUGGCUGCGAGGCGGAUCGAUGCUGUGCUUUUGACUGAUGCCAAUGCUUUGCUUUCGGGAAUUGUUACCGACAAGGAUAUCGCGACCAGAGUUAUUGCAGAAGAUUUGAGGCCAGACCAGACAAUAGUAUCGAAAGUAAUGACAAGAAAUCCCAUUUUUGUUAAUUCAGAUUCAUUGGCGAUUGAGGCACUUCAGAAGAUGGUCCAAGGAAAAUUUAGGCAUCUCCCUGUUGUUGAGAAUGGUGAAGUAAUUGCAUUGUUGGAUAUUACAAAAUGCCUGUAUGAUGCCAUAUCUAGGAUGGAGAAAGCUGCAGAGCAAGGAAGUGCUAUUGCUGCAGCUGUUGAAGGAGUUGAACGACAAUGGGGAAGUAACUACUCUGCUCCAUCUGCCUUCAUAGAAACACUUAGAGAGCGGAUGUUCAAGCCUUCUUUGUCAACAAUCAUUGCCGAAAAUGCCAAGGUUGCUGUAGUAUCACCAUCAGAUCCUGUUAAUCUUGCUGCUAAAAGUAUGCAGGAGUUGCGGGUUAGUUCUGUCAUAGUUAUGACUGGAAACAAGAUCCAGGGGAUACUAACUUCAAAGGACGUUCUUAUGCGAGUUGUGGCUCAAAAUCUCUCUCCCGAGCUGACUCACGUUGAAAAGGUAAUGACUCCCAACCCUGAAUAUGCUACAAUUGACACUUCCAUACUUGAGGCACUGCAUACAAUGCAUGAUGGAAAAUUUUUACAUCUUCCUGUUGUUGACAGAGAUGGAAGCGUUGUGGCAUGUUUGGAUGUUCUACAAAUAACUCAUGCUGCAAUUUCCAUGGUUGAGAAUGGCUCUGGUGCUGUAAAUGAUGCGACAAACACCGUGAUGCAGAAGUUCUGGGAUUCAGCACUUAACCUAGAGCCACCAGAUGAUUAUGACACCCAGAGCGAAAUGUCUAUGUCUGUAUUGAACGCAUCAGAUGCAGUAGAACUCGGGAAGACAACAUAUCCAUCUCUGGGUAUUGGUAAUUCAUUUGCAUUUAAAUUUGAGGAUCAUAAGGGGCGUGUACAUCGAUUUAAUCUUGGUGCGGAAAGUUUAGAUGAGCUUGUUUCAUCUGUUAUGCGAAGGAUAGGUGUUGCUGCUGAUGAGAAAAAUUACCCUCAGCUUCUGUACGAAGAUGAUGAAGGUGAUAGGGUCUUGCUUACAGCAGAUGGUGAUCUUGUCGGUGCUGUCAGCCAUGCCAGAUCAUUGGGACUAAAGGUACUAAGAUUGCAUCUAGAUUACUCCGAGUCAAAGCAACAGAAAUUUGAACAGACGAGCACAACCACAGCUCAGAGCACAGUAGAAAGAAGACGAUGGGGAUAUCUCGAGUCAGGGGUUUUGGCCAGUGCAGUGGUUUUGACUGGAAUGGGGGUUUUGGUUUACUUGAAACGCUCCAAACAGUAAAAGGCAGAGUUGGUGCCUAUUUGUACCGAAUGAAACUAUUAAGAGAUGAAAGCCAAGUGCAAUGAGGCUUGGAUACAAUACAUCAGGCGAAUUUGGGGGAGGGUAGUAUACACCAUACAAUACGGGAAAAUCUAUCAUUUUUUGUUUUUCAGUUGCCCUUUGUAAUGACAAAAUGGCAUUAAAUCGUGAGAAUUUACUCCAAAUAGUAUUUUAUAUUGUGGCGCACCACCUCAUUGGCCACUAUCUGAUUUGUCCUGAUAGAUAAUAAGCUAUAAAAAUCCUGCACACGGGGAUUGCAUUUUGUAGCUUUCGAGACCUCAUUAAAUCCUAUAGCUUAUCUUUAUACCAAUACACAAUAUUUCUGAGGAA